AUGCCUGGAGACAACACCCCCUCUGCGGCUCAAGGCGCGAAAUCCAAGAAGAGCAAGAAGAAGAGCGCAAAGGCCAAGGACAACGCCCGCCAAGCCGACACCGAGCCAUCUGAGGCCCCAGAGAACCACGAUGAUGCCCCUCAGGACGAUGCCGAGGACCCAAGUGAUCCCGUCCAAACCCCAGACGCCGACGGAGCUCAACCCGACCCUGCCGACAACAGUGUAUCGGAGCAGCCUGCCGACGGUCCAGAACCCUCUGGCGAUGGUGUUAGAGAGACCGACGACCGCGCUGCCGACGAUGCCGAACCUAAAGACCGCUUCGACGCCCUAGUUCGAGACCGCGACUCCCUCCGUGCCGAAGUGACCGACAUGCGCAAAUCCUUAGAAGAAAUACAAUCGAAACAUCGGGCAGACAUGGAAGCUUUGCAGCAGAAGCUCGAUGACUCAGAGUCCAAGAAGGAGCAGGCAGAAACGCAAUUCCAGAAACUCAUGGAGCGGGUGAAUGCAAUCAAGUCACAGCUGGGGGAGCGCCUGAAGGAAGACGAGGAGGAAUUGGCUCAAGCGCGAUCCCAGAUCGAGGAACUGGAGGACGAAAACACAAACCUAAAGUCGCAGCUGGAAUCGAAGUCUACAGAACUAGCAGAGCUCUCCGAAGAGUCGGCGCAGAGAAGCAAGGAAGUCUCCACUCUCCGGGAUCGAACGAAUCUGUCCCAACAAAACUGGACCCAAGAAAAAGAGGAGUUGAUGGAGCAGAAUGCGUACCUCCAGUCCGAGUUCGAACAGGCUAAGGAUGCUAUGCAUAACUGGGAGGUGCUUGCUAUGGAGGAAAGAUCCGUCCGCGAAAAUCUGGCAGAGAAGGUGACAGAUCUGGAGGAACAGCUGGCCAAUCUUCGCGAUGCGUACGAAAAGGCCUCUGGCGAACGCGACAGCCAAAUAUCUACAGUGGACGGUCUUCAGCGGGCACUGCAAGAAAUCCAAUCCGCGCGGAAACAGGAGCUUCGGGAGCUGGUCGAGAGCUCGGAUGCCCAGCUCGAAGACUUGAGGAAAUCCUUACGAGAAGCACAGCAACAAGCGGCCGAUGCCGACAAGAAUCUCCACACAGCACAAGAGGAGUUGGAGCGCGUGCGGCCGUUCGAGAAGGAGGUGAAGGAGAAGAACCUUCUCAUCGGCAAGCUCCGACACGAAGCCGUGACGCUGAACGACCACCUGACAAAGGCAUUGCGGUUCUUGAAGAAGGGCAAGCCAGAAGACAACGUGGACCGGCACAUUGUAACCAACCACCUACUACAUUUCCUUGCACUAGACCGGUCGGAUCCAAAGAAAUUCCAGAUCCUCCAGCUUAUUGCAGCUCUGCUGGGCUGGGACGACGAACAACGCGAACAAGCAGGUCUGGCCCGACCAGGGACCUCCAGUUUCACAGGAAAACUCCGCGUCCCUGGAACACCUCUGCGCACACCUAGCACACCGAACUUGGCCACCGAUUUCAUGGAUAAUGGGGCCUCUAGCAAGGAAACGCUAGCGGAGCUGUGGUCCAAUUUCCUGGAGCAAGAAGCCGAGGUUGGAAGCAUGAACACGAUGAGACGAGGAAGCCACCCGGGGCCAGCGAAAUCAUAG